AUGUUUAUAGAAUAUUGUUGUAGGAAUGAAUUGUGGGAUUCAGUAGCUGAAACACCGCCAAUAAGCUCUGAUGAUUCAAACACCUAUUGGAACAUUUUAACAAAGAUAGGUGUUAUUAUAUUCAGUAUCACACUCUUUUUCAUUGUUCUGGUAUCAACAGGAUUAACAAGAAUUAUCGUCCAUUUAAUGAUCUGGAAGCUGAAUCCACCACAAGCUACUUCAACCGCAACUAUAAAUAAAUUGGGCGGUCUUCUUCAUCUUGUGGAGGACAGAACCUUCCUUAAAUAUAACUGCACUCAAAACUCUAAUAACACUGACUGUGUUUCUUCAUUUCUUCAAAGGGAGGAUUUUCCGGCAACUUGGGAAUGCGUUCCAAUAAGUCCUCAUUUAUGUCAGUUGAUGGAAGAAACACCUUCGGUGAAUGUGAUGUGGAUUUGGGGUCUCGUUAUUGUAAUAGUGGUUCCAGACAUCUACACAAUUUUUCUUUCACUAUGGAGAUGCUGUUUUAAAGAAACUCAAGAAUGUGACUUAGGAAUGUUAAAGAUGUUGAUAUUGAGUCUGUUGGUGGAGACACUUCAUACAACGGGUCUUUGUCUUCUUGUUUUUCUUGUGCUGCCUGCGUUUGACCCAAUCACUGCUUCUCUGUUGUCUUACCUCAUCAUUUUCUUUCCAGUAGUUUUUAGUGUGUUUUGUGACCUCAAAUUCUCUGAAAUGGAUAUAAAAACUAUGACACAGAAAGUAGUCGAUGGUUCUUGUAUUAAAAAAAGAGAGUUGCCAGAAAGGAAAAAAGAUGCUGAUAUUGAAAAAGAGAUACCUGAAGGAAAAAACGUCUCUGGGAUUGGAAAAGAAAAAGAGUUGCAAGAAAGUAAAAAAGAUUCUGACACUAAAGUUAAAAAUUCUCCUAGUAGUGAAAAAGAAAGUAAAAACGAUUCUGAUACUAAAACAGAAUUGUUUAAAGUUAAAAAUGCUCCUAGUAGUGAAAAAGAAAGUAAAAACGAUUUUGAUACUAAAACAGAAUUGCCCGCAGUUAAAAAAGAAAGUAAAAAUGAGUCUGAUAUUGAAAAAGAUAUGCCAGAAAGUGGAAAUGUAUCUGGUUCGUAUAUUUACGAAAAAUCUGGAGAGGAAAAUUUUGCUAUAAUUUUUUGUUUUUUAAUAUCCGUGGUACUGGUUUCUGUGACUUAUUGGGAAAAUUUCUUAAUGUUAAGUUCCCCAAUAACUCUCGAAAAGGAUACAAAUCAGCUAGAAAGUAUAAAAGCAAGGUUCAAAAAUUUUCUCAAGGAAUAUAUUCGGUCUAAAAGAGAACUGGUCUUGCUUUUCACAGCUAUAUGGAAAGUGGUUUUGUCUAUUUCGUUUCCUUAUAUCAUUUUUUCAAUAAUGUCGACCGAUGAUUCGACUGACUACGACGCAGUUAAAGCUAUUUCUUUACUAGGGACUUCAAAAGUAAAAACCUUGACGGGUAAAGUUAUUCUUGAAUCCAGGUCUUAUUUCUCUUACGGCUGUGGACGAAAUGACAUAGACAUUCUUAUAAUAGUUUGUGUUAUUCUGGGCUUUGUUGGAUUCAAAAGUGCACGAUUUGCAUGUAGAGUCAAUCUUCAGUACGUCUGCUUUUCCUUACCUCUCGUGCUAAGUUUGAUAGGUACCCCUCUAAUGAUUAUACCCAUUAUGAAGUGCCCUUUGUCCUGGACUACCCAGGACUGUAGCAUUGUGCAACCUAUAUGGGAGUUAAGAGGAAGAUUCAUUGAAGACAUAUGGCAGUUGAUUGUGUCAGGAUGUUUUGGAUUUGUUGCAUGCAUUCUGCUAACUUUAUACGUUUGGACAAACAGUGGAUCCAAGCUAGUUAAGUGCGACAGAUUAUUCAGGAAACCGCCGUACUGUGGAAUUUUUCUAAAUACUUCUUUACUUUUAACGAGAUGUAAAGACACAAGGGAACAGAGAGGGGAGGAAAAAAGUGAGGAAGAAGAGAAAUCUACGGGUUCUAUCGACAGUGAUGAAUACUAUAUGCCAUUUGUGUAUUUCUGUGCAACCAUGUGGCACGAAACUGAAACUGAAAUGACACAGCUACUGAAAUCCAUCAUUAAGGUUGAUUAUGAACAAUAUAUUCAAAAAGAGUACGAAAAAAAGAUCAAAGCAAAGAAAGAGUCAUAUUUUAACGAAGACCUUUAUCAAUUUGAGGUACACAUCUUCUUCGAUGACGCUUUCAAAAUCCGGAAGAACAAAACUGGUACUAAACAACUGAAAGGCAUAGAAGUUAAUGAUUAUGUCAAGACACUUGAAAGUGUGGUUCCAAAAACAGCAAAAUCAAUAUACGGUGGAUACGAGUUAGACGAAGUAAAGCGAUAUGAGACGCCUUAUGGUGCUAGGUUCGAGUGGGAGCUACUAACAUCACAAAAACUUGUGGUGCACCUUAAAGACAAAACUAAAAUAAGGCAUCGUAAACGUUGGAGCCAGGUGAUGUACCUUUACUAUCUUCUGUUAUUUAAAAUGAAUGAGACUAAAGAAAAUGAAAAGAAGAAACUGAAAAACGGUGUAAGAGACUUAGAGAGAAUAAUGAAGAACUUUACUAACAAUACAUUUAUACUAGCAUUGGAUGGGGAUGUGGAUUUUAAGCCAGAUGCCGUAUCACUUCUGCUUGAUCGCAUGAAAAAGAAUCCAUUGGUCGGGGCUGCUUGUGGCCGUAUUCAUCCCAUAGGUUCCGGCCCUAUGGUUUGGUAUCAAACGUUUGAGUAUGCUGUAAGUCACUGGCUUCAGAAGGCUACGGAGCAUGUGUUGGGCUGUGUAUUGUGUUCUCCUGGAUGCUUCAGUCUGUUCCGUGGUUCAGCUUUACUUGCAAAUAAUGUUAUGAAAACCUACACAAGAUUGCCAACUGAAGCUGCUCAUCAUGUGCAGUACGACCAGGGUGAAGACAGAUGGUUAUGUACCUUAUUGUUGAAGCAGAAGUACAGGAUAGAGUAUUGUGCUGCCUCAGAUGCUUUGACCUUUGCCCCGGAAGGAUUUUACGAGUUCUAUAACCAGAGGAGACGCUGGGCGCCAUCCACAAUGGCAAACAUUUUAGAUCUUUUAUUGGAUGGAAACAAUGUCAGAAAAAGUAAUCAGAACAUAUCAAGACCGUACAUAUUUUACCACAUCUGUUUAUUUAUUUCCUCAAUACUGACCCCAGGAACGAUUUUUCUGUUGAUUCUUGGCGCCAUCAUAACAGCUUUUCCACAAAUUGAACCAUGGCUUGCAUUAUUACUAAAUGGUGUUCCUGUGGCUAUUUUUAUUACCUCGAUUUACGUCGCCAAAGAAGAAACGCAGCUGUUGUUUGCGGCAAUAUUGUCGACGCUUUACAGCUUGGUCAUGUUGGUUGUUCUGAUAGGGUUACUUAAGGAAGGCGUCGAGGCACAAUUCUGCUCAGUUACAACUGUGUUCUUUUGCUUCGUUGCUGGAGUCUUUGUAAUUGCUGCAUUCUUACACCCAAAGGAAUUCACCUGCAUUCUGCACGGACUGCUUUAUUUCCUGGCUGUACCAUCGAUGUCUAUGCUUUUAAUUUUUUACUCUGUUGGCAAUCUGCAUAAUGUUAAUUGGGGAACGCGUGAAAGUAAAACAGCGAAACAGGAUGACUCAUCAUCUCAAAAGAUAAAGAAACGAGUUCUAGGCCAAUCGUGCUCUUUUGGGGACUGGUGCAGGUGUAUUUUAUGUUUUAACGAAAUUGAGGAUAUCAGACCUGGUGUAUCUGAAGAAGAAAGGAAAUCAGAGGAAGAAAAGCAGCUAAAUAAGGAGACUGACACUAAAGAAAGUGGUAAAAGUCAAGGGAAAUCUAAAAGGGAAGAACUAGUAGUUGAGGUAGAUUCGAACAAAUCAAAUACUCAAGAAUCCGAAACCAUGAAGAAUGAAGACUCCAAAGAUACAGCAAAAGUAACAGAAAAUAAAGGACAGAAGGAAAACAAAAAACGUGGUAUUUUCAGAAAAUGCAAUUCCAUUAAAACGGAUGAAGAGGACUUUUGGAAAAAAUGUAUCAAAAAAUAUCUUAAACCUCUGAAUAUGAAUGAUGAGAAAAAGGCAAAAAUGCAAGCUGAACUAAUUGAUCUUAGAAACAAGGUGUUUUUCUUUUAUUUUAUAACAAACGCCAUCUUUGUUACAAUUGUAUAUGUCCUCACUCAAGUAAAUGCCUAUCAGAAAACUCUUUCAAUCCCUCUACCAUGCAGUGUCGGUGAAACACAAGGUGUGAUCGAACCAAUCUCCAUCGCUUUCACUCUUGUCUUUGGAAUUCUGCUUCUUAUUCAGUUUUUUGGAAUGUUAACACACCGUGUGUCAACAAUUUCUCAUAUAGUAGCUACAACAAAAAUCUUCAAUACAAAAUUAGACAGAAAAAUCCCGAUCAAGAAGUUUGAGAAACCAACAGCUGAUGCGGUAAAAGAGGAGGAGAAGGAAACAAAAAAUGUCAAUAUUUUCAAAUCGUCCAAAUGGAACAAAGCAGUAGCAAAAUCAAACGCGAUCAGGAGUUUUUCUGAAAUACGUGAAAGGAAACAUCAAAGCAUUAUAGACCUCAGAAAUUCUAUCCAAAUGAAGUUGGGUACGAUUAAAGAGAGCACAGAGGAAGAGGAAUUCCUCAAGCGUUACCCAGAUAAGCCUGUCCCCACCAUGAGUAUUAGAAAUUCACCACCUUUGGAUACAAAGAGUCCCGAAUCCUCGAACCAAUGAAUAUAAGGAUGGAUUAUUUUUUAUCAUGUUAUUUUUAUUAGCCUAAGUUAGCUUUUUGAUCAAUUUUUGUCCGGCGUAUGUCUGUCCGGCUGUAAAGUUUUAUAUUUCCGAUUUUCGAAAGAAUCUCUUUGUCAAAGUAAACUAAAUUUGCCAAAAAAAAUUCUUAGGGUAAAGAUGAGUGUAGUUUGUUCAAAUAAAAGACCGUACCUGCUUCUUAAAGAGGUAGGGAUAUCUGGGGAAAAUAUUUAAUUUUUUUGUCAAUAAUAGCAACGUCAGGAAUAGUCAUAUUUAGUUUCCCCAGACUGGUUGUUUGU